ACUACCGUUACAGGUAUAAUUUUGUGAUUUCGUGAAUUUCAUGCAAUUUUAUGAUAUAAAUAUAACAAUGUUUUGAAGGCACACACAAAACACUACAUAUAGAUGGCAGAAAAUGAGUACAACAACGGAUAAAGAUGAGUAUAUUCUUACACAAGCACGAUCCAUGCUGCCAUAUGUGCGCGUUAAUGGACACCCACAUUUCCAGGUUCAAAGCCUUCUGGAUGUACCGUGGCUGCUAGUCCUGGUGUUCGAACUUUUAACCACGCAGCCAAUGUCGGAUGACAUGGGCCGGUUUGAUACGCUUGAACGACAAGCACACGUGCUGCAGAUGAUACUAGACACACUGGAGCAGACACUUAGAUUACCUUUGACCCACAUUUCCGGGAUCGGUUUAGCUAGACUGGAGAGGCGACAUCUGGCGGAUGCGUUACAGAUAUUCUCUGAUCUCGUUAAACAUUGUUACCUUACACCGACAAAAGAAACAGCUGAAAGGGGAGAGUUAGAGUCACCCGAAGGUCGAAAACUUUCGUUAAGUCAGUUUGAGAGCCCAAAGUUUCACGAGGUUGAUUUUAGCAAAUUUUCAACACCUGAAUUAAUCACUGUCUUGUCCGCGAGCGGUGGUAAAGAAAAGGAUAGAGACAUUGGUACUACAAGAAAGAAUGAAAGUAAACCUUCCUCCAUAGUGACUGUCCGACCUGUUCCCCAAAACCAAGCUCGAUCCUAUCCCUCGGCGAGAGAACACCCAUCAGAUGUACAUUUACCGGAAAGAGACGAAAAUAACACCAACUUCCUGGGAGACAAUUCAUUAUCAAGACAAGCUGAAAAGGAAGACAGUUUUCGUUCAAGCAAAUCUUCAACUACUUUGGCGAAAGAAGUUUACAGGCGAGAGGAAAAUAUUGACAGGCUAUUACAUGACAGACGACGUGGUCCUAGACAAGGAGUAGACCUUGUCGAUAAACAUGAAAACUACAAACUUGCGCAAAAACAUCAGAUAUUUGCACCUUGUCUACCAAGUUUAUCUCUCCUAAGCCCUUCCAAAAAAGAACAGAGGAAGAAGUUUGUAAGUAGCCUUAACAAAGGUGUAGUGGAUGACAACAAGAGAGAUCAUAUGACGUCAUCUGAACGAGCUGGGUUAUCUCGCUUUUCGCCAUAUGAAUUGCCUUGUAAACAUAAUGAUUUAAUAGAAUAUCCGUUGACAAAAAGGGUACCCGACCAUUCACGAGACAAAUUAACGUCUGCUGCUAAAUCGGCAAAUAUUAAAAAGAAAGCAGAUGACAAAAACAUUAAACCAGCAAUGUCUUUUCAGCGUUUAUGUCGAAAGCCAUCUGUUAAAUCUUUCCGAAGUCCUAAAUUAUCGACAUCAAGGCGUUAUCCACAAAAAGAUGCACGACAAUUAUCCUCUGCAACAUCUGGGCCAACCACGUGUCAGAACAAAGAUAAUAUGUCCGAACUUCGAAACAGAACAAAAUCUGAAUUGAAAACUAGCGUAAGAAAUACUAAACAAACAGACGAUAUUCCAAAAUGUCCUAGAAAACCACAUUCUGCGACAUUUAAACCACAACCAAGUUGUACUGGUAAUAUUAAGAAACCACCAACAUAUCAUGCGAGACGGCCGUCAAUAAGCGUCAAGUUCGUAUCAAAAGGUGAAAGGCCCAUUCAAAGAACUCGCAAUGGAAGUGUACAAAGUAGACGACAAGCAGACGAACUUUAUGUUACUUCUCCUUUUACCGACAGGGAAGAACCUGACGCAUAUUCACCUAUAAAAUACCACAACACGGAGGGUAACAGCAGAAGAAGACCAAGUGUUGUUUCAACAAAAGCCAGAAAACACAGUUUGGCAUCGCCACAGUCGCCAUAUUAUAAACAUGACAGAAGCUCUAGGUUUAGUCGACCAAUUAAAAGAGGUGAUGUUUCUCCGCAGACGACAUCGCUCUGUACGUCUCUCAAGCUUCUAGAAGACUUUGACUAUGUCAAGAGACGUUUGAAACAAAUAACAAUACAGAAAAGAGAGUAUAGAGAAGCUAUAUGUGAACUCGAACGUGAAGAAGUCAGACUUGAGUACCUUCUAACACACGUGCAACAACAAACAACCCGUGCCCUGAACAAGGGGCCAUCACAAAGAGUAAGUUCACAAGGAAGGCUCGUUUAGAGACGGGCUGAGUGCAAUAUAUUUGGUGGAUAAUUAAUCUAGGCAAAGUGAAAUCUCCUGCAUACAUAUUCACGAGAUUUAAAACAUGAAGUACUUUGGUUUUGCCAGUAUUGUAAAUUCUGUACAAACCAGGAAAUGGUUUGCUGUUUUGCACACUUUAAAACGUGUUUAGCAAAUUGUUCUCGCAGUUGGCUUAAAGACUUGAGAUUUUCGUCAGAAAUGUUCGUUACAUUAUGUUUUUGCUUAUACAUUUGUACAGUUGUCUGUCUUUUUAAAUCAAGAUUAAAAACAGGAAAACCAUA